AUGGGCAUUAAAGGUUCCGUGUCGCUAUUCAAAAAGAGACAGCACAGCAACAACAACAGAGGGAAGAAACUCCCCACAUUCCAACUGGGAAAUAAAGUGGAAAGACUGGACGAGGCGAGGGAGAGGGACCAUGUGGCAGAGACUCCGAGGACAAGGGAGCAGGUGGGAGAGGCUCAGGUGCCCAAGCCGUGCAGUGGAAAGACGAAUGUGUGUUUGCCGGAGCGGGGCCCUUGCGGAGGGGCGGGGAUCUCGGAGGAGACGCAGGCGAUGGCGGUCCGAAGCCUCUCUGCUGCCGACAUUCAUAAACACUAUGACUUCAUCCGUGAGCUCGGCAAAGGGACAUACGGCAGAGUGGAGCUGGUCAUUCAUAAAAGUGCAGGCACCAAGAUGGCACUGAAGUUCUUGAAUAAGAAUAAGACCAAGCUCAAAAGUUUCCUACGAGAGUUCAGUGUGACCAGCUCCCUCUCCAGUCCCUUCAUCAUCAAGGUGUUCGACAUGGUCUUCGAGACAGAGGAUUGCUACGCCUUUGCCCAGGAAUAUGCACCCGCAGGCGACCUGUUUGAUAUCAUCCCCCCUCAGGUGGGGUUGCCCGAGGAUACCGUCAAGCGCUGUGUGCAGCAGCUGGGACUGGCCAUUGACUACAUGCAUGGCAAGAGCCUGGUGCACAGGGACAUAAAGCCCGAGAACGUGCUGCUGUUCGAUCGCGAGUGUCGGCGAGUCAAGCUGUCGGACUUUGGGAUGACCAGGAAGGUUGGCUGCCGGGUUAAACGCAUCAGCGGCACCAUCCCCUACACAGCCCCCGAGGUGUGUCAGGCCAGCAGGGCAGAGGGCUUCCUCGUGGACUGCAGCAUCGACGUGUGGGCCUUCGGGGUGCUGGUCUUCUGCAUGCUGACCGGGAACUUCCCCUGGGAGGCCGCCCUGCCCUCCGACUCCUUCUACGAGGAGUUUGUGCGCUGGCAGCGGGGCCGACUGAAUGGCUUCCCAUCCCAGUGGAAACGCUUCACUGACAUGGCGCUGCGCAUGUUCCAGAGGCUGUUGGCCUUGGACCCCGACAAAAGGUGCUCAGUCAAAGAGGUCUUUUACUUCCUCAAGUGUGACUUGAUGGUGGAGUUGAGGAGGCGGCCUUCCUAUCGCUGUAAACCCCACGCGGGCUCCGCUCCUCACAGGCCCGAGGGCUCACGUGCGGCCACGCCGCUGAAACGCAGUGUCUUCUCCGAGGCCGCAUCCUCAGGGGUCCGGCCAGUGCCCCCCAGCCCUGAGCCCCCCACACACUCCACCUCUUCCUCCACGGGCAGAUUGGAGAGCAGGAAGGACAAGGGCAAAGGUCGAAUGAUGGUCACCACGGCCAUAGAGAUCUGUGUCUGAAGCAGCUGUGGCCUGUCCAUGACCGGGCACUGUCGGGCCAUGUGAGGUCACUGCACCGCAGCAGAUUAACCUGGUAACCUGAUCAGGCCAGUAACCAGCAAUGUCCAGCGCUGGGCCUGGUAACCAGUUACUACUCAGUUACUCCCUGGCGGAGGAGCCCUGGGUGGAAGAUCCAGUACAUGGUUUGGUGCUGGAUAUUAGUGACCACAUGCUAGGUUGAUACUAGUUACUGAUUCAUCUGCUUGAUAUUGGUUACUUAUUAACCACAUACCAUGUUGUGCUGGUUACUGGGUCCCAAACAUCAGGUUGUUGCUGAUUAUUAAUUGCUGGACGUCAGUUUGGUGCUGGUGACUGGUUACCAAAUGCGAGGUUAUUACUAGUUACCAUUUGCCAGUAUGUCGCUGGUUGUUGGUUAUCAGAAACUUGUUUAGUAUAAAUUAUUAGUUACACAUGCUACUUUUGUGCUGGUACCACUCUCUGGAUUGAUACUAGUUAACAUAUGUCUGUUACUGAUUACCAUAAGUCGGUUACUGAUUACUACAUGCCAGAUGGGUGACAGUAUGAUAGUUACUACGCAUUGGCUCGGUGGUGGUCACUAGUUACCACACAUCACUUUAUAGCAGGUUAUCGAUGACACCAUUUUAGUGUAGUUACUGGUUACCACAUGCUGGCCUUGUGGCGAUUACUGGUUCUUACAUGUCAUUUAGAAGCUGGAUCACAGACUCCUGUUUUAUCCUGGUUAGUGAUUACCAUUUGUCAAGUUAGUGCUGAUGAUUAGGUACCACAAGCCAGAAUGAUUACUGGUUUAGUUCCGGUUACCAAAAGCCAGUUUGAUACCAAUGGCUACAACACGGCUGGGUUCUGGCUAACAUACUCCUUGUUGUGCUGGAACUAGUUGGUACCAGUUACACUUAGUUUGAUGCUGGGUAUUGGUUACCACAUGCUGGUUUAGUGAUAAUUACUGGUUACCACGUACACUUUCGUUCUGGUUACCAGGUGCCAUUAUAGUUCUGGUUAAUGGUAAACACACAUACUGGGUGUGGGAAGGAGGGGACCAAGGCACCUUUAGUUCAGAUUAAGAGAUCUUUCUGUUGGUUGUCAGUGGCAAAAUAACCAUUUCUGGCCCUGCGUAAUGCUGAGCAUCAGUGACCUGGAAAAUAACUGUGCUCCCUGCAAGUUACAGCCUCCCUGUAAAUAGCACCUGACAAAAAUAACAUCAAAAUCGUUCAGCAUUAAUAACACCCAGUUAUCAAUAACGCUCAAUAGUAAUGUUCUUUAGUAUCUAUACUAUCACGUAUUAUUGAGGUUUUGCCAGAUCGAUCUCAUGGAGAAUAAUACUUAAUAUUGUAAUAAGUAUCAGUCUCCCUGGGAUUGACACAGCAAAGCCAGGCAGUCCUCCAGCCUAUUGGGCUCAUUACACUGCAACAACACCUUACUCGGAGAGGCAGGCAGGCUUAACUAGACAAAUAUGGUAAGCCUUGAUAUUAAUAAGGUAUUUAGCUAGUAUUAAUGUGGAGGUCUGUAGCUUAGUGGUUAGAGCACUCGCCUCACA